AUGAUAAAAAAAAAGAAAAAUGAAAAUUUCUCUCUUCCAAUAAAGGGAAAUAUAAAAACUUAUGUAUAUUGUAAAAAUAAUAAUUUCAAUAAUUUGGUAGGGUUAUAUAUAGAAAAGAAAAUAUUCUACAUGAAUAUUAUUUUGAGCAUAGAAUAUAAUGAAGAAAAAAAAAAAAUUCAGAAAAAAGAAAAAAUGGAUACACAAAAUAUAAAUAAAUUCAAAUUGUAUUAUAUACAUAACGAUAAAAAAAUAUUCAUGGAUGAAAAGGUUGAAGAUAGUUAUAUAUAUGAAAAUAAAAAUAUGUGUGAUGAUAAAGAAGAAUAUAUAAACAAUAUAUUAAUACAAAAUAUUCCUUUAUUAUGGAAUUUGAACUUUUUGUUUUUUUUUAAAAUAUAUAUUCAUAAUGUUUUAAGCAAUGUUCAUAUAUGUAUAGAUGAUAAACCAAAUGAAACUUUUUUUGAGUUUUAUUAUAUUUUUAAAAAUAAAAAAAAAAAAAUCCACCUAGAUAAUUCAGAUGAUAAUAUGACCGACAUAUAUUGUGAUGUUUCGGAAGAAUCGGGAGAUAGUGAUUACAAUUAUUUUUAUGAGAGAGCUAAUGAAUUUAAUUAUUUAGAAGAUGAAGAAAUAAUUGAUGAGAAUGAUGACGAAAAGAAAAAUUUGGUGUUACAAGGAAAUAAUAAUAACAUAUCUUAUAAUAAUAAUAAUAAUAAUUAUCAUAAUGAAUAUAAUACGAACCAUACAGAAGAUAAAUGUAAUUACGAAAUGUGUAAUAUAAAAAAAAAUUCUUAUAAAAAAAAAAGUCUAUCUUCAAUACAUCAUAAUAAUUAUAGUAAUGAUUUUAAUCAAAUCACAUUUGAAAAAAAAAAUUCAAAUAUAUCAUGUGAUGAAGAUAAAAAAAAAAAAAAAGAAAAAAAAUUUAAAAAAUAUUUAUGUCAAUGUUGUAAACAUAAAAUCAAUCAUAAUGUUUUAUUUAAUACUAAUAAUGUAUGUUUAUUACAAAUGUUCUUUUCGAAUUUAACAAAAAAAGAAUUAUUCUUUUGGGCAAGUCUAAAAUAUUAUUUAGAACAUUUUCUAGGAAAUAUAAAAUCAUACCCUUUUUAUAAAGGAUAUUCUAAUUUUGUACAAACACCAUAUAUUGAAACUAACACAAUAAUGAAUGUACAAAAAAAUAUAUUACAUCAUAAUCAUUUAUAUUUUCUUAUUAAUAAAAGGAAAAAAAAAUAUAUCCUUCUACUUAAAAAAGAAAACAAAACUAUCAAAUGUUUAUUUGAAAAUUCGUUGAAUUCGUUACGCAUAUCGAUCAAAUAUAUAUUCACACCAAAUAAUUAUAAAAAUGAAAAAAAAAACAAUAAUAAUAAUAAUAACAAUAAUAAUAACAAUAACAACAAUAACAAUAAUAAUAACAAUAACAACAAUAACAAUAAUAAUAACAAUAACAACAAUAACAAUAAUAAUAACAAUAACAAUAGUUAUAACCAUUUUUCUUCUACCCUUUCAAGGUUAAUUAAAAAAUAUAAAAAAUUUAUAAAAAAAUUCCUUUUUAUCAACACAUGUGAUGAACAACAUAAUCAACAAUGUAAUAAUAGUUCUUAUUAUAAAUCUAUACAUAAUCAUCUUAACCCUAUUGUUUUAAAAAAUAAAUCAGAAGAAAAUUAUGAUUUUUCUAUUUUAAUACAUAACGUACAUAUUGAAAUAUACGGUUAUAUAUAUAUGCGUAACUAUAUAUUCUUCUUAAUUAUAAUGAUUGAAAUAUAUCUAUUUAUUUAUUUUAAUCAAAUAGGAUAUACAUAUACAAAUAACACAAAUAUAUUCCUUGAACAACUUUUGAAAAAUUUAUUUACAUAA